CGCUUACAGGUCAUAUCCAGGUCAUCGUUGCACUGGCUCCGCCCCCAAGGUGUGCCUUUAACUGUGAACAUGCCGCUACCCCGAAAGGACUGGGGACCCCCCUUACUGACUCCGCUCCUCCUCCUGUGGGUGAUGUCGGUAUCCGCACAAGUUUCAGUAAUCGUUGAUGGAAAGGUUAAUGCCAAGUUGGGGUCAGACACUAAGUUGUACUGCAGAGUGGAAACCCUGGAAUUGAUAUCCCAAAUCACUUGGCAGAGGAAAUUGUCUCCCAACAAUGAGAAUUUCCUAACCUACAGCAAAGGAGAGGAACCCCUGCACCUCACUCCGUUUGGGGAGAGAGUGAGAUUUCUGGGCAAUGGGGAUCUUGGAGGCUCCAUACUGAUACCCAAUGUGACCCUGGCUGAUGAGGGCACCUACCUCUGUAUCUACACCACCUUUCCUAGUGGGACAAAGGAAGGGGAGAUUAAACUGGUCAUCCAAGUUCUUCCAAAAAUCUCUUUGGAACCUACAGAACCGGUAUUAUCUGGACCUUCUCCUGUGCCCAUUGCAGUGUGCCAUGCAUGGGCUGCCAAGCCAGCAGUAAAUAUCACUUGGAUCUUUAGUGGUGCCCAAUACAUUUUAGAGGAGAAUUCAACGAACCAUAAAAACGGCACCGUCUCUACCCACAGUCAGCUUAUAACAGUCCCGCUCCCGGGUCAUAACGGCGGUAAUAUUACCUGUGUCGUCUCUCAGUCUAACGGGGCCAUGGAGAACUGGAGUCGGACUCUGACCAUACAGAACAUUUACUAUGCCCCAGAAGUGAAGGCCAGAGUCAUAGAAAAGGAUGAUGGAAGCAUCCAGCUGUCCUGCAAAGCAAAUUCCAACCCUCCAGCUACUGAGUUUCUAUGGAAAAGAGAUGAAAGGGACCUGCCUGAUGGCGGAGCAGCGGAACUGGGGGCUGCGCGACUGCUCAAUGCCGAUACCUGGAAGGGAUAUUAUGUUUGUGUAGCCGGAAAUGAAAUUGGACAUUCCUCUGGAUAUAUCUAUGUGCAAACAGUCAUAGCUACAUCUUAUAUCCACUUCAUCGCACUGAUCCUCCUGAUUCCCAGCUUAGUGAUGAAUAUUUGCAUCAUUGUCCUACUCUGCAGGAACAAAAAGAAUCCCAGGGAAGAUCACAGGGGAUCUUAUUGCUGCUCAUGUUUGCUAAGAAAUUGUGCCCUAAGACUGCAGAACAUACAGAGAUCAGGCUGGUGUGGAGGGAGUCAUGAAGAGGCACCAACCGAGGAUGGAGUUACAGGAUCAGAUCCAUUACAGAGGAAUAUCCAAGAUAUUGUCAUUCAGGCUGGGACCCCACCUUCACUUGAGUUGGGCAUGCCAGGGGGGACUGAGCCCUGUGUUUUGAAAACAGAUGCCUUUGAGAAUGGUGACGUUUUCCAACGCACUUCCAUGCCUAGGGCAUGCGAAAAUGGCUCCGCUGAAGAAGAAGAAGACAUCAGUUUAUAGAUUAGAACGCCAUAUGAUAAUACGUCUUGCGCUUACUAUGACCUUCAGUUUGAUCCAGCCCAUUUAUCAGUUUCACUGAUUGAAGGAGGCAUCAGAAGAGAGGGGUCUCUUUUCUAAAACUCUGAUGUCAGGUUUUCAUUCUAAGUAGUUUGAUAAAGGUUGUUUUUACAUUGAUUUUAGGCAAGUUAAAGUUUAAAUGGGAAGAACGUUUGCCAUCUUCUUUAUAUGAGCAAGAAGCUUUAAAGGAUAAGUAAACCUUUAAAAUAAGUGAAUGUAAAAUUGAUGAGAGUGCUAUUCUAAGAAAUUUUGACAUUUACAUUCAUUAUUUAUUUUUCUUUAAUUCCAAGAAAG